AUUGAUGAUCCGACCCUUUGAACGCGAUCUGCGUUUUAUAGAAAACAGUUGUCUGUUCGGUUAAUUUAUUAUAAUUGGUCUUUGAGGAUUGAGCAAGCGUAGAAAAGAAUAUACCUAAGUCUCUUCGUUAUUAUUGUAUUUAAAGAUUUCAUUUUUAUUUAGGAAAGCACAAAUUUACGUGUAUGAAUUGAUAUGCAACGCUGCAAAGUGCCAGCUGAUCAAAUACCACCUGCCCAGAAGGACACUUCAUCUCGAGCUUCUCAGCAGCAAGGCUUCUCUUCCUUCCCUGCUUACUCCCCCCUGUUGACAUCUGUUGCUCCAACUGACCCAUACCCCUCCAAUUUUUACAUGCCUUCAUAUCAAGCUCAAUCCUAUGGCUCUGAGAACACUUGGAGCAAUGGCAGCGAUCACUUGCAGGCAACAUUCCUCAACACCUACAGUGGACAUGACGUACCAGGCUAUGACCUGCACAAUCACAACCAAGGGGGUGCUCACUCUGCUGCCCAGUCAAGCUUGAGUGACAACUGUUUUGGCUCUGGUCCCGCCUCCUCUCUACCGUCCAGCUACACUCCUGACUACCACCGCACUGGAAAUCCGAACUCGUGGGCUGCAGAAAGUCACCAGCAAGAUAGCCAAAAAUACGGCCAGCAGAAUUAUGACGAUGUGAAUCGCCAGGUCGACUCAGAGAACAACAAGAAUGAUGACUCGUUGGAGCGCGGCGUGCACGCGCUCUCGCUCGCCGACAAAACUCCUGGCGACGGUGGCGCCCCUGAAGCUGUGUCUCAAACCACGCACGAUGCAGGCCCUUCAGAAGGUCUCACACUUGUAUCGCAGCCGAAGAAGAGCAUGUCUUGGGCUAACAUUGCCUCUAAGCCUGCUAAACAACUGCCUACACGCCGCAAGGAGAAGACGGUUCUGACAUCACGCCACAUGGAUAUUGGCACUUGGGAUAAUAAGAACGGCCCUGGUGCUAAGCCAUCAGCACCUCUCCCUGCGCCGCGACCUGCAUGGGAGCCACCACGCACUAGUGCACGCACCACCACCACCUACACCAGCACUGCUGCCCCCCAAACUCCCAGUCAGCCUGUUGUUCCGCACGAAGUGUCGCCUCCUCCUUACCUUCAGCAGAUCCAGCAGCAACAACAACAACAGCAGCACCAACAACCGAUCCAGCAUCAACACCAACCACCACCGCAUCAUCAGCAACAUCAACAGCAGACACCACUGCAUCAACAUCAGCCACAGCAGUAUCAACAUCAGCCUCCACCACAUCAACAUCAACUCUCUCAGAAUCAAUACCAACCCUCUCACCAUCAAACCCAACCACCCCUGCCGCAACACCAGCCCCAACACCAACCCCUCCAGUCACAACACCAACCACCCCUGCAUCAACACUAGCCAACUCCGCAUCACCACCAAACCGAGCAUCAUCAACAUCAACAGUAUUCGCAGAAGACGCGUGAGCAGCAGCCUCAACAGCAACUGCCUCAACCGCAACAAAUGCCUCCUCAGUACGCAGUGGCGCAGCAUCACACAAUGCCUCCACCAGGCAACAUGCAGAUGCCACUAAAUGCCCCAAAGCAACACCUGCUGCAGCACCACCAUCAGGACCAAGCACCUCCACAACAUCAGCACAACCGGUCCUCCCUCUCUCCAAAACCAGCGCAUCACCAGCAGGCAACUCCACCUCAUCCAAUGGAGGAAAAAAUGCCGCAGGUGACUUCUCACAUGGGAAGACCAGCUCAACAAGAUGCCCACCAGCAAAAUGUCCAACCUACUCACGGACACGACAAUAAUUUGAGUUCUUCUGACAAGUCACCAGCUCCUGACGCAUCUCUGGAGCUUCUCCACGAAAGUCCUCGCCCCGAGGAAAGCAGCUCACCAAUUUUAGAGGACCUCCGGCAGCGCAACAAAUACAAUCCUUCAGAACUGAGCCUCGAUACGACCAACGCGCGCUUCUUUGUCAUCAAGUCCUACUCUGAAGAUGACGUUCAUCGUGCCAUUAAAUACGAGAUAUGGUGCUCUACUGAGCAUGGAAACAAGCGCUUGGACCAGGCUUUCAAAGACCAGGCCGAACGCAAUGCUCCUUUGUAUCUGCUUUUCUCUGUGAACGGAACUGGUCACUUUUGUGGCAUUGCUGAGAUGCUCAGCUGUGUGGACUAUUCUUCAUCUGCUUCAGUCUGGGCCCAAGAUAAAUGGAAGGGACAGUUUAAAGUCAAGUGGAUAUACGUGAAAGAUGUUCCGAACACGCAGCUGCGUCACAUAAAGCUUGAAAAUAAUGAGAACAAACCCGUCACCAAGUCACGGGACACCCAGGAAGUGCUUCCUGACAAGGGCAGGCAGGUUCUGCAAAUCAUUCACUCCUUCCGCCAUUCAUCGAGCAUCUUCGACGACUUCACGCACUACGAACGACGUCAGGAGGAAAUAAAGAGCAAGAGAAAUAACAUGGAUGGGUCUUCGGACGAUGGACGUCCCAUGGACUAUCACCGCAACCACGACCAGCAACAGCCAUACUACGGCGGCCACAACUACGGUGGCAGAGGAGGACGUGGCCGUGGGUACCAUCAUAAUAACUACCACCCGCAGCACUACGGCAACUACAAUGCCGGUCCCGGUGGUGGAAGAGGCUAUGGUAGAGGACAUUAUGGCGGUGGUCAUCAUGGUGGAUACGGCCGCGGAUAUCACGGUGGCUAUGGUGGUGGAUACAUGGAAGGCGGUCAUCACAACGACCGCUUUCCGGCACCACACUAUCGCGGCGGGCAUCACCAUUACAACGGACCACGAGGAGAUGGACCGCCCCGCAAUUGAGGCUCUGGACUCAUGGUCGGGAUUAGACCAGCGACACCACGUCGAGCCUUGAAUGCAGCAUUCAAUGAAAGUUCAUAUUAGGAAUAUGAGUGGAUCACUGAGCACCCUGACGUGUGCUGUGUGGUGGUGUACGCGUUAAAAAGCGAUGGCGUGUGACGUGCAGGCAAUGUUGUGUAGUCACUAAAGCAUGGACUGGUGCACCUACUAAAUCUAAACAAUGAGACCAAAACAGGACUUUGAUGAAAACUGGUCCUAUUGCUAAUUAGAAGUGAUAUUCAUUAAUUUGUACGUACCACAAACACUUUGUAAAUGUGCUCCCAGUGCUUGCGUUUCUGAUAAAAUAGUUCCUUGAUAAUACAGGAAGAAAUAGAACAACUCUGGAUAUUGCUCCGGCUAAUUUAAUGUCGAAGAAUCAAGGAUGUCCGAACUUUCGUGCUUACUGUUGUUAUCUACUCGAUCACUUCCUCUUUGUCUAUCCCGAAAUAGUUUUUAUUCCAUUCCUUUCGUGAUUUUGAAAGUUACUAACGUUUGCAUCACGUAUGUGUGAUGGUCUUCACUAAAAUUCGUCUAUGGAAAAACAGUGAUGUGCAGUGUUGUAAUUAGAACAUAAAUUCACUACAUGGAACAAUUACUGUGCAGUAUGUAGACAUCCGCGAGUACUCACUUCGGUGAAGUGCAACUUCUGAACUAAAAAAUAAACAAUUACGGUGUGCACUAGGCUUUCUUAAAUUAUACUUACUGCCUCAGACGGACUCGCGUGAAUUUCAAAAUGAAUAUUGUCUGAAGGCCUCUGCUGGAAAAGUGGUUAUCUUUGGAGACGCAAAGUGUGCCGUAGAUUGCUGUAGUAGAGCUUUCAUUGUUGUUAUUGAAGAAUUAAUUGCUCCAAAUAAACUUACUUACACUCCUGUGCGUAGCUUAUAGACCAAAAAUAAGGCUCUUUUCAUGCGUGCGCUCUUUGUUCUUGCGUGGCGAUGAGAUAUCUGGACUACGAAGUCGACUUGUUGUUCUGUGGCGUCGACGAGAGCAUCGCACGCGCCUUAGCACGCUUCAUUCCUAGCACACUUUAUAACUUGACUCUAUUAUUGUGAGUGCAUUAUAGUUCCAAGGAAUUACUGGCAUUUUAAACUACAUUUUAAUCUUACGAAGCAUAAGCAAGAAUUGGAUUGCAAGUUAACCUUUCUGGAUGAUUACAGUCCCAUAGGCAUCAGGUUAUAACUGAUAAGUGAUUGCCUACCAUAAACAAUGUAGAAUUAUUGGUGGUUCGACUUAUUCAUGCUGUUAUUCUGUCACUUUGGUGGGCAUUCAUAAAUUUGAAUAACAUUAUUUACCCGACUCUGCCGAAGUUGUUUUUAAAGUUUUUUUCUGUGUUUAGUAUUGACGUGACGUCACAAAAAUUUGUCAUGGGGACAUUAUUUUAUUACAUUUAUAAUUAUUUCACAUUUACCUUUCUCUUUGUUGAGUUCCCAGUCCUGUUCUUAUCAAUAUGACUAUUGAUUCAUUCUCAUUAAAUUACCAACUUAGGUUUGAAAUUUGAAUCCGAAGUUACCUGACCAUAGAAAUACUGCUGAGCAGUUAUUUCAAAGUAAUACGACCAUUAAUAGUAGAUUGUAUCGAAUUUUAUUUUCCCCCAGUCGUCUUUUUAGGGUUUGCAAGAACUUACUCAAGAAGUCACCAUGUUUUAAUUCAACACCCGACGGCAGGUUCCUGGUUUUUGCCGUACAAUUAAGCGGCGUUGUGCUCGUUUCCAAGCCUCGUGAUACAGACACCUCGGCCCUGCAUUGUGCUUUUUGAUAUGGAGACCUGUUAGUUUUUAUUACACUUUAUUUGACCUUAACUAAGGCUUACCAAUGCUAACUUUGAUUUGCCUGUGUACCAACGUUCUAUCUUAUCACAGAUGUGUGUUUCGUUUUUAAUUAUUGGACAUGAAAUGCGUUCACGUGAUUAUUAAUCACUCAUUACUGAGAAGUUAUUAGAGACUAUAAGAAACUACGAUUUUAAUAUCCAUUACUGAUAACACAUUAUUUUCGAUAGUGUGUCAUGUUUUUUUCCUGGGGGCGAAUGGAUGUACGGAAAACACUUGUGUAUUUUCCGGUUGAAUAAUUUUUUGGAAGGGGAACCAGUUGAUGCCCCGAUGCCUUGAUUCAUUUGGCGCACUCCUCACUGCCUUGUCGAGUCUUGGUGCAUACAUUUUAGUCUUAUGUUCACGACGUUCAGAUUUUGUUUUGUGUUCUGCUUAGUUAUUUGAACAGAACUGUUAUUGUAGCGAUAAGCCUUGAUUAUUAUGUCUAAUCGACGAUAUCUCAAAAAUAUUCGUCUUGUUCAUCUCUCUUCUUGUGUUAUGGUUCUGUGCCGGAGGAAGCUGAUGCGAGGUGUGUUAUUUACCUGCACUUUUUCUAUAUUUCGCGCUUCUUCUGCAGAUAAUUCUUGACAUAAUGUUCUUACCAUGCUUUGAUCCUAUCUUUAGUUUAAGUUUUUAUUUUAUGCAUUAUAACGCUAUAGCUUUACAUUCAUUACAUCUUGGUCUCUUGGGUUAACUUGUGUUUGCAAUGCAACACACUUGGGUGAGGCGGAGUGGCCGUUCUGUGCUAAUAAAGAUCUUCGUUCAAGCAACUUUCGUAUGGCUAUUUGAGUUACACUUAUGUUGCUGCCUGGUUCUUUUCUGUGGAAAGCAAUAGUGAAAAUCUUUCUUAUCCUAAUUUUAUUUUUUUUAGUUUAGUGCGCUCGAGGAAGGUAAGGGGAAUUCAGUUACUGGUGAAUGAUUCGAUCGUUUAUCGUUCGCAUGUACCAGAAUCUAUUCCUAAUGUUUCCGCGAUUAUCGAUACGUUGUUACUGCCACAUAUUACUGCGACUGGUGAGGUCUAUACAUACAGUGACUUCCAAACCUUUCCAAUUAGAAAUUUCAAGAGAUGACCGUUUCCUCUGACGCAUAAUUCUCAUCGUUAUGAUUUUUGUAGUUUGCGGUCUUUUGUAAUCAUAAUGUUGUUUAGGACCAUUUGAUUUUUUUCAAAUUCCUCAUGUGAAUCUACAAAGUAUUAUUCAUAGCUCAUUAUUGCAACAUUUACGCCACGUAUUAAAAAAGUUGUCACUUGGUCUCAUCUAUAUGUUGAUCUGUUCUCAUCAAUUCCAUAGUUUUUUGUUUACUGUUACAUCUGUGUCAUUUUCGGAGCAUUGGAUGUAAGUUUUAAUCUCGAUAUACUGGCACGUUGUUUUAAGCUAGCAAUUAAUAUUCCAUUUUAUUUAGUGAAAAAAUACUUGAUUGCCAUGCGUUGAAUUGUUUCUCUUAUUAAGCACAUUAAUGACCUUUCUAAUGCAGAGUUGAGCUAAAUACCGUGCAGACUAAUCGAGCUACUGACAACGCUCCUCUAAACGGAGGACAUUCAUUCAUGUUUGUAUCGUUAUUCUAUUGCAGAACUUACCCGUUCAUGUUCGAUAUCGACAAUAACAAAACUAAGUGUUGUCAAUAUUUAAUCUGGAAUUAAGCUGAAUUCUACAUAUAUCUACGACCUUGCAAUUCUCGUUCUCUCGUUUCCUUGGCUAAUCAGGAUGAACUAGCACGUUUGGUUUACAGCCUGAGCGCCUUCGCCCUCCGCUUGAUGUUCGUUCUAUGGUUUCUGUAUAUAAUUUAUGGUGUCAAUACGUAAAGCAAUAUCUUCAGAUUAACGACUUGUUUUUAUCGCACACUAAUGAUGCCUUCACAAAUCCCAGUCCAUUUUCAGGUCUUGUACAGACGCAAGAAAUCAACGUGACGAGAGGCUUGGCAGCCAGUUAUAUUACGCCAGUAACAUAACUGGCUCAAUUAAUUUAUGGCUUAAAACUGUAAUAUAACUGCCAGUUAUAUGAUGAUUGAUAACUGCCAGUUAUAUUGCAGUUAUUGGUACGCAAAACUUCGGUUUUGCGUACCUAGGAUGUGUGACUAUGGAGAACUGUGUGAUGCUGUUAUCCAUAUAACAUUACUGGAUGUUUUUGUGUUUUAGCUGCGGCCAUUCCAAGCAGCGACGCGCCUUUCUUUUAUGCUUUGAACACGUCUCCUUACUGGAGCAUUUUUAAAACUUCUCGCAUCUUUGUAAGUCCAUAGGAUGGCUUGUGAUUGUUAGCAUGUCAUGGUUUUAUUCUUGGUGAGCUUCUAUAACAUAGUUGGUACACAGUAAAAGUACUCUGGUA